AUGCGCUUCUCCAACUUCCUCGCUCUGGCCUCGGCGUUGCCUUUCACACUUGCAUGCUACCGAGUUCAUGGCCAAAUUGCGCAACACACAAACACAGCAACUCAAAGUACGACAUACCUCCCAAGUAUCUUUCUCGAAUUAGGUACCGAGAGAGUAUGUGACGGUCACAGCGGUUUCGGUUCUGGCGAGGAGUCAAAUCCAUUCCAACCCGACUUUAUUCCUGGCGGGGUCCCCACAAACUCUUCUUUCAGUGGACCAUGGUCCGGCGCGAACUGCACUAAGCCCUACACGAAUGUCGAGGUCAAUGGGAUUAAUGGCCAAGUAUUGGUCAGGGACUACGAGACGGCUUUCUGGAUUCAACCGGAGCAGCUGAAUUGGCAACAACCAGCGUCACAUCAAGGAUUGGCUGGAAUUCCAAACACUUUUGCAAGUUAUUGGACUUUUGACUCUGGGGAUGUUCACUGCUAG